UAGACGUGCAACUCUGCUUACCUCCUUAGCUGAGUGAGUGGUGUCCUGCACAGGUAAUAUUGGUGCGUGAGUGUUCUCGUCACCGGUGCUGCAUUUCCGAGCAUGAGUUCAGGGACCAAAGGAAGAUAAGAUUCAGUGAAACGAUGCGCCGUGUCAUUCGGUAGUCGUCGCCAUAAAUGCGAGAACUUGCUUUUGCCAUGCUAUUGUUUCGUAAUGUUAUCCCGAACUGCACUUCCGGAACUCUUGCGAAGCUAAUCGAUUGACGGAUAACCACAUUGAUGGCGGCCCCAUGCUGGGUGGUGCAUCAUCAUCAUGAUGAUCAAGGACAUCAGGUCUGCGUCAAUAUGAAGUUGUCUUCAUCGGACCUAGGCUUUACCUUCUUCUGGUUGCCUGCAAGGUGCGAGGAAAAAGGACCGACAAAUGAGUACUACUACACUGGAUUUUCUAUCACAUCAUCCAUGCCUGUAGAAGAUUCUCUGCCGUUGUGCAGGUCGGGGAAGAAACUUGCGUCCACGACGAUCAUUUCCGUGAGAGACCACGUCGUAAGCCUUCAGGCGGCCCAGAAUAUCGGAAAUUUGAAUGGAGACACCGAAAAGAGCAUGCCCAAUGUUGUACUACAUGAAGAGAGCAGCAUAACAUAAGACGGCUAUUAACUUUUCUUCUUGUUGCCCGCCUCCUACUUAGUGCGUGGUAUCUUCAUCGUCCACAAUAUAUUAAUAGCUCAUUGAAAUAUCAUUGAAUCGAUCGAAGAACGUUCAAUCGGACCUCGAAGAAAAACACAAACUCAGAACUGCGUUUUAUCAACUGUGGGAGGUUGACAGACAGUAACGUUUUUAUGGUCUAUUUCCUAGUCAUAGGAUCAAGAUGACUUGAGCGGUGUGAUUUCUCAGAAAGGGUUUGACCAGGGC